AAUCUCACUAAACUCUUUUACCCUCUCUUCUCUGCCUCCAUCUCUUCCAUUCUUCCUUUGUGUCGUCAAAAAGAAAAUGAGAAGUAGUAAGAAGCCUGUUGCCUCUAAAACCUCUUCUUCUCUUGCGAUCGUCGAAACAAAUCUCCAUGUCAACAAAGUUGUUCCCAUCGAAGCACCCAUUGUAUCUUCCUACAAUGACAGGAUCAGGCCGUUGCUUGACACCGUGGACAAGCUGAGGAACUUAAAUUGGAUCUUUAGUGAUAUGAUUUUCUGCAUGCUGUUUCAC